AUGUCCGAGCAACGCCAUCUCCUGCUUAUUCAUCCGGCGAUCACAGUGAGUCCUGAAAAACUCGAAAAAACGAAGCAAAACAGUGUUCUUUCGCAAUGCAGUGCUUUGGACCAGUUUUUGAUCAACAAACUGAAUGACGGAAGUCUGCAGCUACAAAAUGAUGUAUACAAAGUGGUAUAUUACUUGACCCCGGAGGAAAAAGAAGAGAUUCAGUUCCCAGUGAAACUUAUUCCAAUUUUGGCUCAAAGCUUGAAAGAAGGCGGGAAACUUUAUGGACUGAGUGAUGCCUACAAACUACAAGCGCUGAUAAAUGGGUUCGAAAUUGCGCAUGACGGGGAGAAGGGGGAGUACCAUUGGAUCAAAAAAUCUACUUCAUCAAGCACUACGGCGCCCGUGGCUUUAAAAUCGAACCAAUCAAAAAAAUUGGCAGGGAGCAGCAGCAAUGCAACUGGCUCUACGCCGGGCCUUAGGGCGCUGCCCUCUUUCAAAAAAGCCGCUACAAAGGCUUUACCUGUAUUCAAAAAACCAGAGUCUCCAAAAGCCGUAAAUGAACUCGAUGAAGACGACAAUGAGGACGAAGAAGAAGAGGAUGAGUUUGAUUUGGACUCAGAUGAGCUCACGGCUGCGAAAUCUAAAUUUUUCGAUAACGUCGAGGGCGACGAUUCCGCGGAAUCCAUCGACGAGGAUGAACUCGUGGAAGAAAACGAUAAAAACGUAAUUACAAUGGUAACGUGCGGAAAAUCCAAGACGAGAAGACGCAAAGCAUGCAAGGACUGCUCGUGUGGGCUCAAGGAACAAGAAGAGCAAGAGUUGGAUGCGGCUCGAGCGGCUCAGAAUAGUGUCUUAGGCACAGAGGUGAAGUUCGACGAACAAGAGUUGGCUGAAAUUGAUUUCACAAUUCAAGGCAAAAAGGUAGGUGGAUGCGGUUCUUGUGCUUUAGGUGACGCGUUUAGGUGUUCCGGAUGUCCAUAUCUAGGGUUGCCUGCCUUCAAGCCUGGCCAGCCCAUCAGUCUGGACACAAUUGCGGAUGACUUGUAA